AUGCAGGCAAGGCGCGCUCUUUACAGGGUCGCCACUACCUCUAGAGAUGCAGUCUACAAAUCCAACUUCAACUCCGUAACAUUACGGAGGCCAAUUCACAACUCUGCUGUCAACAAUCUCUCCGCCCGUGUUGCGGAGUUUCACUCCAACAAACAAAAGUUUCGCAUUUCUCAUGGAUCGACCAACAGCACUCGUCAGACGUCAAAGGGCCCUCAUGUGCUCGACGUGAGUGCAUUGAAUAAGGUUCUGAGGGUCGACGUCGACAGGAAGAUUGCCUAUGUCGAACCCAAUGUGCCAAUGGACAGACUCGUUGAAGCCACACUUCCUUACGGCCUUGUUCCUCCCGUCGUCAUGGAAUUUCCUGGAAUCACAGCUGGGGGUGGUUAUGCAGGUACUGCAGGCGAAAGCUCAAGUUUCAAGCACGGCUUCUUCAACCACACCAUUGAGUCCAUCGAAAUGAUUCUCGCAACAGGUGAAGUCGUCAAGUGCUCACCAACCGAGAGAUCUGAUUUGUUCUACGGAGCAGCUGGCGCGGUCGGUAGCUUCGGUGUCACUACCCUGAUCGAACUUCGUCUCGAGCCUGCGAAGAAGUAUGUUGAGACCACGUACCACCCUGUCACCGGCAUGCAAGACGCAAUCGAGACCCUUGAAAAAGCGACAUCGGACCAUGGCCUUGACUACGUCGAUGGCAUCAUGUUCUCAAAAACUCAAGGAGCAGUCGUAACUGGACGCAUGACUGACACACCAUCGUCAGAAUUGCCUGUGCAGACUUUCAGCUCAGCAUGGGACCCAUGGUUCUACCAACACGUUCAAAGCCAAAUCUCCAAAUCAGGAACCGAGCCCGUCGUAGAAGCAGUCCCUCUUCCAGAAUACCUUUUCCGCUACGAUCGAGGCGGCUUCUGGGUCGGAGACAUGGCAUUCAAGUACUUCAACUUCCCCUACAAUAAGUUCACCCGUUGGUUCCUGGACGACUUCACCCACACACGCAUGAUGUACACAGCUCUUCACGCCUCGGGUGAAUCCAAGCGCUGCAUCAUUCAGGAUUUAGCUCUACCUUACUCGACAGCCGAGAAGUUCGUGGAUUACACAUCCUCCGAGUUGGAUAUUUUCCCUCUGUGGCUGUGUCCUCUCAAGAGAACUGAACAACCUACCAUGCACCCCUAUACCAGAGAAGACAAGGAAUUGAUGCUCAACAUCGGCGUCUGGGGCUUCGGUCCUAACGAUCGCGCCGAGUUUGUCAAGGCCAACAGAGGACUGGAAGCCAAGUUGCGCGAACUCGGCGGUAUGAAGUGGUUGUAUGCUCAGACCUACUACACUGAAAAUGAGUUCUGGGAGCAGUUCGACCGUAAGUGGUACGACGAGCUGAGAGAAAAGUAUGGUGCUACGAACCUGCCUAGCGUCUAUGACAAGGUCAAGGCACCGCCGGAGAAGGCGGCUGCGCCCGAGAAGUUCCUGGACAAGUGGCCUUGGGCUGGCUUCUUUGGUAUCUACAAGGCCAUCCAGUCAAAGACAUACUUGCAAGCCAGAAGUGCGGCUUGGAGAAAGUGGAUUGAAUGAUCGUUUGCGCAAGAUCCUAAGCGGGUCGGGUCGCGUCUUAAAUCAUGUAUGAAUAUAUGUUGUAAGAAUACAUAGAUAGACAUUAGAUAUGGGAGAAUACAUAGUUUUCUUGUAGAUGAUAGUGGCUUUCCAAUCUGAAAAUUUAGACUU